AUGCAAUUCCUACACAGCACAGAUCUGGAAAAUCAAACAAAUGUUACAGAGUUCAUCCUUAUAGGAUUCAGGAAUCUCCAAGAAUUGCAACCUUUACUCUUUUUACUCUUUCUUUUUAUCUACAUGGUGACCUUAGCUGGGAAUAUCCUCAUAGUUAUGCUUGUUAUAGCUGAUAAACAUCUUCAUACCCCUAUGUACUUUUUCCUUGGGAAUUUUUCCUGCCUGGAGACCUGCUAUAGUUCUACCAUUCUGCCCAAGACUCUGGUCAAUCUUCUAACCGGGAACAGGUCCAUUCCAUUCCAUUUGUGCUUUGUUCAACACUAUUUCUUUGCAUCACUUGGGGCAACUGAAUGCUAUCUUUUAUCUGUGAUGUCCUAUGAUCGGUACUUAGCUAUAUGCCGGCCCUUGCAUUAUGCAAGCCGUAUGAAUGGUAAAUUCUGUGUGCUGUUAGUUGGUGGCUCCUUCCUCAGUGGGUUUUUGGCUAUAUCUGUAACAAUAAUAUUAGUGUCCAGGUUAACUUUUUGUGGUCCCAAUGAAAUCAAUCAUUUCUUUUGUGAUGUCUUUCCACUCAUAGAAUUGUCUUGCAGUGACACACAUCUUUUGAGGAUUCUCAUUUUUCUUGUUUCUUCUGUAUUCACCAUCCCUCCAUUUUUGCUAACCCUAAUAUCAUAUGGUUGCAUUAUCACUGCCAUCCUUAAAAUCUCUUCAACCAGUGGCCAACAAAAGGCCUUUUCUACGUGUUCCUCUCACCUUAUUGUGGUUACUAUUUUCUAUGGCACAAUAACUAUGGUCUAUAUUUUCCCAACUACUGAUACACUGAAAGACCUCAAUAAAGUCUUCUCCGUCUUUUAUGCUGUCCUUACUCCCAUGAUAAAUCCGCUUGUCUACAGCUUGAGAAACAAAGAAGUAAAGAAGGCACUUAGAAGACAGGUUUGUCAGUUGUUUGCAAAUGCAUAG